AUGACGGUGUUUAUCGCCUCCCUCUUUCUCCCCAAGACCAUCCACUUCACCCUCCCAGGCACUCCGCCGCGUGGUUCAGCGUCGGAGAAGAAGCAGCCCAAGCCAGUGCCGCUUGAGAGACAGCCGAGCUUGUUCCAGCCGAGCAAUAUCACUCCUCCGAUUACACCGACGGACGAGAAGAAGCGGGACGACCCCUUCACGAACGAGGAUGGCCUCCGCGUGCAAAUCCCGGGCACCGCCGAGCCUGUUACCGACACUCUCCGCGCCCCGGCUGACCGCAGCUCCCCGACCUGGGGAGGCCGUCCCGACCAGCCCAUGUCGCGCGCGAACUCGCCGCCUCCCCCGUCUCUGAUCGACAAGAGCCGACUGCUCCAGGCGAAGGCGAAGGAGCUGGGCCGUCAGGGUAUAACGCAGCCGCGGUCGUUGGUUAGGAGCGACAGCCACGAUCGCGUUUUUGCCCGUGCCGACUGGAAGGUCGUCAAUGCCGAUCAGGGCAACGGCGGCUUGCGUAACGCGGCCGAGGCCGCCGCUAGAGAGGGCAAGUUGGGAGACUAUAUUUGGGUCGGGACGCUAGGGAUGCCGACCGACGCUCUUCAGGGCACACAGCAGCUACAAGACAUCGAGGACAGGCUGGCCACCGAGCACAACAUGCUCAGCGUCUUCUGCUCGGACAAGGACUUUGACGGCCACUACUCGCACUUCUGCAAGCAGAUUCUGUGGCCCGUCUUCCACUACCAGAUCCCCGACAACCCGAAGAGCAAGGCGUACGAGGACCACUCGUGGAAGUACUACGUCAACGUCAACCAGGCCUUCGCUGACAAGAUUGUUAAGAACUGGAAGCGGGGCGACGUUGUCUGGGUCCACGACUAUCACCUCCUCCUUGUCCCCUCCAUGGUCCGCAAGAAGAUUCCCGAUGCCAAGAUCGGCUUCUUCCUACAUGUCGCAUUCCCUUCUUCCGAGGUUUUCCGCUGCCUGGCCGUUCGGAAGCAGCUCCUCGAGGGCAUGGUGGGUGCCAACCUGAUCGGCUUCCAGAUUCACGAGUACACCAGGCACUUCCUCCAGACUUGCAGUCGCCUCCUGAACGCGGAAGCGACGCCGGAGGGUCUGCAGCUCGAGGACCGAUUCGUGGACGUCAUCAACCUGCCCAUCGGGAUCGACCCGGUGAGCCUUACCCAGCAUCGCCAAGAGGCAGAAGUUAAGAAGUGGCUGGACAUCAUGCGCGAACGCUACGCCGGUAAGAAACUCAUCGUCGCCCGGGACAAGCUCGACCACGUCCGUGGCGUCCGGCAGAAGCUUCUUUCGUAUGAGCUGUUCCUCAACUCGAACCCCCAGUGGCGGGAUAACGUGGUUCUCAUCCAAGUCGCGCUGUCUACCAGCGAGAAGAGCGAACUGGACGCUGCCGUGUCUGAUAUUGUCACUCGCGUCAACUCGUCCUGGGCCAACCUCGCCUACCAGCCGGUGGUAUACCUGAAGCAGGAUAUUGACUACGCACAGUAUCUGGCGCUGCUAAGCAUCGCCGACGCGCUAAUGAUCACCAGCCAGCGCGAGGGUAUGAACCUGACCUCGCACGAGUACAUCUACUGCCAGGACGGCAAUCACAGCGAAAAGAAGCACGGCUCCCUCAUCCUCUCCGAGUUCACGGGCACAUCUUCUCUCUUUGGCGGCAAUGAGCUGUCGGUCAACCCGUGGGACUACCGGGCCUGCGCGAACGCCAUCAAGAAGGCGCUCGAGAUGGGCGACGAGGAGAAGGAGCAGCGCUGGUCCAGGCUGUUCGAACGCGUCAAUCUCCACACCGGCUCGCAUUGGUUUACGGAAUUCACGGCGCGCCUGGACGAGGUGCAUGAGCAACAGCACCGCCGCGAGAUGACAUCGGUCCCGCGUCUCUCGAUUCCUAACGUUGUGCAGCAGUACACCCGGAGCGAGAAGCGCCUCUUCUUCCUCGACUUCGAAAACACGCUGGUUAACUGGGGCCCCGUUGACCAAAUCAUCACCGUUAGCCCGCAGGUGGGAUACCAAGCCCCGUUCACCAGGCGCAUGGUCGAGCAUCUAACAUGGUAUCAGCGAACCGUCGACGUCCUCAGCGACCUGCUCCUCGACGACCGCAACAUCGUCUACGUCAUGUCCGGCCGCAGCCCCGACGAGCUCGACCACCUCUUCCGCCUCGUCCCUAACCUAGGCCUGAUCGCGGAGAACGGGUGCUACCUCAAGAACUUUGGGAGCACCGAGUGGACCGAGGUGGCUGACCAGAACCAGAUCCGCGAGUGGAAGGAGUCGGUGCAGCCCAUCCUAACCUACUACCUGGAGCGCACGCCGGGGGCCUGGAUCGAGAACCGGCUGUGCUCCAUCAAGUUCAACUACAAGUCGGCCGAAGAAUACGACUCCGCCGAGGACUACGAGGCCGCCCAGCGCCAGGCGAGCGAUUGCGCUAGUCACAUCAACGACGCCUGCGAGGUGCAGCGCGUGCACGCCCUCCCGCUCGAGGGAUGCGUCCUCGUCGAGCCCAUCGACUGGACCAAGACCUCGGCCGCUCAGAAGAUAUUUGCCGACCUGCAGGCGAGCAUGGCCACCCCCGCCGAGGGUGAAGGCGAGGGCGACAAGUCUCCUUUUUCUCCUGCUGACUUCCUCAUGGUUAUUGGCGAUGGGCGCGAGGAUGAGAAGGUAUUCAAGUGGGCCAACACCCUGGGCGAGGAGGGCACCGUGAAGGAGGUUGUCACAGUCAGCCUCGGUUCUAGGAACACCGAGGCGGCGGCUACGCUGACGCAGGGCGUUAGCGGUGAGUCCGACCCCGCCGCCACCGCCGAACCAUCUCCUGAGCCGUCACUGACAGUUCACCCACCCGUCAUAGGCGUCCUGAUAACACUGCAGAAGCUGGCGUCGAUCGCGUAA